AUGGAUGGAUGUGCUGGCGAAUUAUUUCGCUAUUCGCGCACUAUCGGAGCUGAUUCUGUGGCGAUAAUCACUGAUGUUAAGAAAAAACAUUCUUCUCAUGCGGUCACUGCCGACCUCUCUAUUGGAGACGUUGCCGAAGCGGCACAGUUCUUUAUGGCCGACGGUGUUAUCGUAACAGGACGAUGCACUGGCCACGAAGCUGACGUCAGCGAUAUCCAAGAGAUUCGCUCCGCAUGUUCGCUACCGAUCUUCGUUGGUUCUGGCGUUACUGUUUCCAAUGUUCAUCAGUUUGGAAACGCAGAUGCUCUGAUAGUCGGAUCUCACUUUAAAAAAGAUGGAAAAUGGCACAACGAGCUUGAACCACAGCGAGUUUUUCAGUUUAUGGAACGAGUGAGAACACACAAGUGGUGCCAAACAUAG